AUGCUGCCGAUCAGCCGAAAACAGAUCGGCCGGGACUGGAUGGAGUUCUUCACCAUCCUGGUCUGGGCAACAGUGAUUUUGAUCAUGUUCCUGGCGAAGCUCAAGGCAUUCCAGGACGUUCUGAUCGCCAUCAUCUUGGGCACGCUUAUGAUGAUCGCCAAUGCCGACUUCUUCUUCUCGCACUUCCGGAUCUACAAGAUCUACAAGGUCCUGCGGCGGUCCCUGUUGAAGGACGUCAUCGGCGCCUCGGCGCUCGGGCUCCUUUGCUUGUCCCUGCACGGUCUAUGGCCUGAGGCCAAAGGACCCGGUGUAGCGCUGCACCUGGCCUCGCUGGCGGCAUGGGUCGUCUGCGGUAUUCAGACCCAUCCGCUUCUGUCUGCUGGCCUGUGGGCCGGCGGCCGCAAUCAGAUGACGAAGGUCCAGCUCUUCCUGCGCGUUCUUGCGCAGGCUGCAGGAUCCAUCAUCGCAUUCGCCGUGUUUGGUCUCUACUGGUCCUUCCGCUUCCCUGGCGAGGGCCCCUUUAGCCACUUCCUGGGCCUGGAGAGUGCCUGUAGUGCUGCCGUUACAUUUGCGGCCUCCGUGGCCCACAUCCGCGUGCGCGACGCGCAAGCUGCCAAAGACCUUGCCAAGGUGUCCUGA